AUGUCCUUCCUCAAGAAGAUCAUCGCCAUUCUGGGCAUUUCAUCGAUGGUUCAGUGCUUCCCACCAAAGUCGGAGUACUGCACCGACGUGAACUUGAAGCUAACUGCGGCUCUCUUCUUCCACACAUGGGCUCCAGACUUGCUCCAGAUACUCUACUUCUACAUACAGGGCAGGAAGGUGGGCGUUAACGUGACUGGUACCAUUCCUUGGACAGUUGAUGCUAAGAAUACCACACUAAUCAUGGAUACCACUAAUACAAACUUCACCUACUUCGCCGACUUUAUGCACUUCAAUCCGACCGAAUGGGAAAGGAUUCCCUUCAACGACAAGCUAGAUGCGUUCACAUUGUCUGUGAAUGGUACUCAUAUCGAAGCAUCUUCUGGCAGAUGUCCAAAAGGUGGCCUCACAAUUUUCGAGUAG